AUGGUCAUUCAGCUCUUGGCGGACGCCAUACACAAGGCAGUGGAUCCUAACGAUGCUUUGACAGGAGGGGAGCGGAAGGUCAUCGGCUCGGUCGUGGGUCGCUUGAACUGGGCCGCGCGUCAAGGCCGUUAUGACCUGGCUUUCGUGGCAUCCAGCAUCCAGCAACUAGCAGGUCGCGGUGAUCCAGCUGCCUUGCGAGUGCUGAACCAAGGGGUGAGGCGUGCUAGGGAAGACGUGGUCCUGCCGAUUCGUAACUUGGGUUGCGACUUGGCAGAUGUGGUGGUCGUGUCGGUCAGUGAUGCGGCCUAUGGAGCUAUGCCAGGAGGACACAGCCAGGCAGGCUUGCUGAUCCUGCUGGCCUCGCCCGACAUCCUUAAGGGUGAGGCUCCCGUCUGUGCCAUCGAGGGCACGAGCAGCAAGAUUCAAAGGGUGGUGCGAUGUUCUAUGUCGGCCGAGGUGAGUGCCCUGGCUACAUGCUUCGAACACGGUGACUUCGUGAGGGCCGUCUUUUGCGAGUUGAUAGACCAUCGCUUCGAUUUGAAGCGAUGGAAGCUGUCGGUGAGCCGGUGGCCGCACUACCUGGUGACCGACAAUAGACGGGGUACGACGAUCUGA